AUGAAUUCCACAGCAAAGCUUUUGAUCCUUGUCAUAAGUUUUUGUUGCCUGUUUUUCCUCAUAGCUCUACUGAGGUUCUUUCACAGAUAUUGGUGGAUACCUUUCCGAAUACAGUAUACUAUGAGUUUACAGGGAAUCAAAGGACCUCCUUAUGAGUUCAUCCAUGGAAACAACAAAGCAUCUACCGAUAUGAGAAUGGAAGCAUACCGCAAACCUAUGGCGGCCUUGACUCAUGAUAUAGUUCCCAGAGUGAUGCCUCAGAUUUACUCCUGGAUCAACAUCUACGGGAAGAAUUAUCUUACCUGGCAGGGAAUUCGACCUCAACUGGUGAUUACAGAAGUGGAGCUAGUCAAAGAGGUUCUGAGAAACAGCGAAGGAGCUUUCCGAAAAAAGAAGGCCGAAGACUUUAUUCAUAAGAUAAUAGGGGACGGACUUGUAGCAACCGAAGGUGAAAAAUGGGCCAGGCAGAGGAAGUUGGCAAAUCAUGCAUUUCAUGGGGAGAGCUUAAAAAGCAUGACUCCGGCAGUACUUGCUAGCGUUGAGGCAAUGCUGGAGAAGUGGAAAGGCCGUGAAGGCAAAGAGAUCGAAGUGUUUGAAGAAUUCAGGUUACUUACUUCGGAAGUUAUAUCGAGAACAGCUUUUGGUAGCAGUUACCUGGAAGGGGAGAAGAUUUUCGAGAAGUUGAUGAAGUUAUCGAUAAUUGCUAACAGAAAUUUUCAUAAAGCUAGGAUUCCUGGCAUCAGCAAGAUUUGGAAACCUGCUGAUGAAAUAGAAUCAGAGAAACUUGCUAAAGGGAUUCAUGAUUGUGUGAUGGAUAUGGUUAAGAAAAGGGAAGAGAAAGUACUGACCGGAGAAGCUGACAGCUUUGGCACUGAUUUUCUGGGAUUACUUGUAAAAGCUUAUCAUGAUGAGGAUGAGAGAAACAGGCUUUCAGUAGAAGAGUUGGUAGAUGAGUGCAAAACAUUCUACUUUGCUGGACAAGAAACCACUAAUUCCUUGCUCGCAUGGACGGUCCUGGUUUUAGCAAUUCAUACAGAUUGGCAAGAGAAAGCAAGAAGAGAGGUGAUUGAGGUAUUUGGGAACAAAAAUCCGCAUUCUGAGGGCAUUGCCAAUCUAAAAACUAUGAACCUGAUCAUCAAUGAAACCUUAAGAUUGUAUCCUCCUGUGGUUGCCACUGUUAGAGAAGUUGGAAAAGAAGUUCAUUUGGGGAAGCUCGUUCUGCCUGAUAAUAUAGAGGUUCUGAUCCCAAACAUGGCACUUCACCAUGACCCUGAUUUAUGGGGAGAUGAUGCGCAUCUUUUCAAACCAGAUAGGUUCGCAGAAGGGACUGCCAAAGCUACCAAAUACAAUGCGGCUGCAUUCAUUCCUUUUUCAUUGGGACCUCGAUCUUGCGUGGGUAUGAGCUUUGCAACCACAGAAACAAAGACUGCUCUCUCAAUGAUUCUACAACGCUACACCUUGACUCUCUCCCCAGCCUAUGUUCACGCUCCAUUUACCAUACUUAUGCUUCAGCCACAACAUGGAAUUCAAGUAAUGCUUCAUUCACUAUAG